GAUCAACCUCAUCUCUCUACUCGAGCAUAUUGGAUUCUUGAGUAAUUCCCCAAUUUGAAGAGAUUCAGAAUCACAAACACGGAUAGAUACUUCUGGUCAUGUCAAGAUUCUCGGUAAAUUAAGAUUUUAAUGAUACCAGCCUUGGAUUUCGAGAGAUAGUAUGGUGAGAGGAUCUCUGCAGCUAACUUGGAUAUGUUGACAGCGCCUUAUCCGCUUCAUUGCUGCCGAUGGGGAAACCUAUUACGGGGAUGCAAUUCUCCCUGCCGGGAUUAGUGACGUCUCGAAGGUUGCUAGGGCACGUGUUAUUGAGGGGGAUAUCUUGUCCCCGGGAUACAGAGUGACCGACCAAAUCCUGGUGCGAUAAAGUUUACCUCCAUAUCCCGGCAGGAAGUUCUGCUGACCCUGCCACAGAAUGUUAACAAGCUUUUGGCCCCGUUUGCCUGUAAAGAUACAAAGACGAUCAGGUGUCUGGGACUUAAUUACUCCCAGCAUGCAAAGGAGGUAUCAUGGCUUGAUGUGGCUCUGAUCGUGAAAUCCGGUCAUAGCUAAUACCUUGUUGACAGACAAACAUGGAUAUUCCAAAGUAUCCUGUGCUGUUUGUAAGUUUGAGGUUAUUCCAUUAAUUGUGGGAUCGUACUGAUUGUCCACCAGUAUAAGCCGAUUACCUCGCUUUCUGGACCUUCAGGUAAUCCGCUUCCCCAGCUUUAGCAGCCGUCAUGGGCCGCUCAUGUCCUCCUGACGCCGACAGCGCAGACCCAAUUCCAAUUCCGCAGGUAGCUCAGGACGAACCCGGACUUGAUUACGAAUGCGAACUCGUGGUUGUAAUCGGCAAAGAGGCCAGAGAUGUUUCUGAGGGUAGCGCUCUGGACUGCGUCCUCGGAUAUUGCGCUGGAAAUGACAUGAGCCACAGAGACUGGCAACUCAAGAAAGGCGGUGGCCAAUGGUAGGGUUUUGCCCGUAUGCAUUAUACAAAACCACGCCAAUCGAAAUUAGGUCUUUAGGCAAAGGAUUUGAUGGAUGGGCACCGAUUGGACCGGCCAUCAUUUCUCCCUCUCUUAUACCAGACCCUCAGAAACUACGCAUCUUUACUAAGGUACCUAUCCUCGAAAUUCCAGUAGAUGCACUUUCGCCUCUCCUCAGAGCGUAUUAAUGCAUCUGCGCAGGUAAACGGGCAAACCGUUCAGGACUCUUCAACUGCGGAUAUGAUAUUCUCCGUCGCUAGGACACUAUCCUUCCUCUCGCAAGGAACAACGCUUUUGCCGGGAGACCUUGUGUUUACUGGAACGUAAGUCUUCUGCCAAUUAGAGUGAUAAGUCAUGACUAUCAUUUUUGCUGAUGAACUGCCCUUCUCCAUUAGUCCGCAGGGUGUUGGGAUGGGGAGGAGGCCACAAUCCUGGCUCAACGAUGGGGAUAUGGUUGAAGUGGGCAUUGAAGAUAUUGGAAGUAUUACGAACAAAGUGACGUUUGAACGUGCGAAGCCGCACCUUUAGGCACGUUAUGAACAACGGUAGAUGAGGCAUCAUAUGAUACGUAUCGAAGCCACUCGUAGAGGUGGUUUUCCGAUACUAACCCACAGGCGCCAAAUACGUGGGACUACGCGCUAUGUCUACUAAUGAUUACCUUUCGCUCACAUCUUGUUGCGCUUCCCACCAACUGUUCGAGUGGUUACGUGGUCUUGGUACACGAUGCGAUUCUAGUCAUUUGUUUAGUCUGCUCGGUUUUGUUGGGAUAAAUACCCUCUAAUCACCCCUGAGAACGUCGCUCGUUCCCUCUGCUCCCACCACCUACUGUUCCAUCACCAACCCCUCAUCAUACAAUCACCUUGUCCAGUUCAGUCAUUCAGCCAUCCUCUUAUAAAGUGCCGAGUACUAGAGUACCACCUAUCCAACCCCUUUACCCUCUACCUUUCCUGCCACCAGGGCUUCCCUCUAGUGGAAAUCUUGUUCUCUACCCUAGAUAAUCCCCUCUUCCCGUUCCGAUGGAGAGUUUUCUAUACCUCGCGUUACUUCUCUCGGUGUCCCUCGUAAGUGCUACUGAAAAUAGAAUGUGCGCGGAAGUGUGCUGGACCUAUCAUAUUGGUGAUCCCAAUUGCGAGUCUUCAUGUCUCAAUCAUCCGGUGAGCACUUGUGUUCAAGUUUUCCACCAUUGCCCACACGCAUACUGACGCUCCUCUCGCACAACUUUUCGGAACAGAGCUACUCACCCCAGUCCGCUACGGUGGCCGAGCAAUGCAUUGUAAACUAUCCCCCCGACCCCCAGUGUCCUCUUAGCCGCCCCCUCCCCGUUGCCGUAUUCUAACACUUUCCAGGCAAACUGUUUGGUGGAGAAUUCUGGUGGCGCCGAUCUUGUGGCCUUUGCUGAAUGUCGCACCAAGUGUCUUCAUCAAUACUUCGGUGAAUUUCUGAGAACCUAUUCCCCCAAAUCAAAAAGAUCGGCAUUAUUUAGGAUGCCCGGAUUUUACUCUCCUACAGUUGUCUGCGAAGAUCCUGAAGAGUAUGAUAGGGUUUAUAGGCAGUGCUUCGUGCGUAUUGUCGGCCCCGUUUCCUGAUUUCCCAAGGGAUAUUCUGAUGGGGCUACGAUUUUUGGUUUAGCAGGAUUUUUGGGAAAAAUCCCCUAUGCACCCACAGUCGAGUUUCAUUAAUAGAACUGAGCGCGGGAGGGGAUGUUCUGUGAGGAUUGUCUAUCGCUCCGCUCUACACUCCAAGCGUGACGCCACCCCUCCGUUCCCUAUCCCACUGGAGUCCAUAUAUGACGACGACCACCCGAUAUCUAGUCUGGGAUCUUCAGAGAUGGAAGAACAUAUAUGCAGGGCUUUGUGUUUAGGUGAGGGUGAAGAGGAGUGCUUACCCAAUUGCCUCCUGUUUCUGGUUUGCAAAUUCACUCCCCUCCAACUCAAUCAGUAUCUAAUCCUAGUUUCUGUCGACAGGAUUCCCGCACGGGGGAGUUUCAUCUUGUGAUCAAAUGCGCGGUGCUUUGCCUCAGAGGGGAUGCCCUCGUUGGUGGGGCCAAUCUGAGCUUCUUGGUCUGUGUUCGAGGUUGUCUUAUGGAGAUGUAAGCCCCAAGCUUGUCUUGUAUCCUAGCCUGGCUUUGGCGGGAGUGGUCGUCGUGCGUCCAGAACUGAUGGUAUUUGCGCUCUAGCACCGCUGGUCUCCUUCCACUGAGGGGUAGCUCUGAAAUUUCCAGUGGGCUCACUCCUGAGCUUCCAGGAGCUGUUUCUCCACCCUCUAACGAAACUAAUUCUGCGAGAGCCCUGGCCCAGUACGCUAUGAACCAGCCCAGCAGCGCAGAUUCUACGUAUAAUUUCUGUCGAUACCGCACGUGGACCCCAGCAAUUAUUCUAGGUGUAUAUCUGGGUUCAUUUUGAGGGAUCAUGCGAUGGAAACCGGGUUGGCCUUUGGGCAUAUUCUGUGGCUUGCCUCCUGCGGGCUUCGGGAGAUGUUUGUCGAGUUUGGUCAGCAAAAUUAUUCCACAGCCUAUCCUCAUUUUCCAAAAGUUGGCAUGGGAAUGAGCGCUUUAUUAUCGUGUUCAUGUCGAUGGUCGGCGAGGAUAACAGGGACCCAACAGUCGAGUACUUUUACAUUAUUAUGAGCAAUGAAAGAGGUUAUCAUGCAUCGGAGCAAAACAAUCGAUUAGGUGAGGUAUAUAAGCCGAUCAAGUAUAAUACCGGUACAUAACGAAGAGGCUGUUUCCGCCUAAUAAAGUGUUCCCGCGAUGACGGCCCCAACUGGUCAUGUAACCCUAGAGCACGCUCGGAAAGUGGGUUAUCCGAGUGUUAAACAUCACCAUGGGCGGUAGGACAGAGUAUAGUGCGUGCCAUUCAAAACCUGCACGAGAAAUUCGACAACUUUUAAAUUGACAAGGGUCUACAACUAGUGUCAUUAUGUGAAAUAAAAAAGCUCAGGAUUCAAGAGAGAAUGAUGGAGAAUAACUGUGAGGUUUUCUUUUAUUUUCUUUGUCCUUGGUUGGAGAGCCUUGCAAAUUUGAAAAGUUGUACUUUUGGUGAGAAAGGGAGAAAAAUGUUACAUCAGCCACAGUUUAAUUUCUUAGUAAUCAGAGAUUUAUUAUUCAGGAAAUAGGGUUUUGGCUUAAAAAGGUCAUUUUAUGUACUAAAAAGAGUAAAUAUAACCUGUAACGUAUGAGGAAUACUAUUAACCCUAAUGAUAACAACCAUUAUUUCUCUGGUAUAUGUAAUAAAAUCAUAGUAAUA